AAAGACUACCCUUCAGGCAUCCGAACAAGUCUGGGCUGCAGUGACAGGGACGGUUCAGCAAGAGAAGUUAUUUAAAAAUAUAAAUAAAACAAGCGGUACAACGCCUGUGUGCUAAUUCAGAGAGGAGCAGUGUGUCAAUCUCGUGCCAGCUACUUUUGCAGAGAGAGAAAGCUGGAUGACAGAAACUGAAGACGAGACACCGUUAAUUCAAAGCAAAAAGGCUGUGCUUUUUUAUUCCUCUUCAGCCGAGGGAGCGCAAGAAAGAAAGGCGGUUGGAUUAUGAGAGGGGAAGUGGAAAGGUUGUGAAAAUGUGGAGCUGGCUAAUUCCACUGACUGUGCUGCUCUCCUCUGUUCCUCAGACCAGUGCACAAGGGCGGUGUAAUAACAUUCAAGCCGCAGACAUCGUGUUCCUGGUGGAUGGCUCUUCCAGCAUCGGCCGUGCAAACUUCCUGCAGGUGAAGGGCUUCAUGGCAGGCAUUGUGAAACCCUUCGCUGGUGCGGUCGGUGCCUCUGGGGUCAGAUUUGGGGCCGUGCAGUACAGUGACACAUCCAGGGUUGAGUUCACCUUCACCACAUACUUGAAUGGGACAGAGCUGGUCAACGCUGUGGAGAACCUGAACUACAAGGGGGGCAACACGCGAACCGGGGCUGGACUCAAGUUCGUUGCAGACAACUUCUUCAGCGCAUCUGCUAUCCGGGAUGUUCCAAAAAUUGCAAUCCUGCUCACUGAUGGGAAGUCCCAGGACAGUGUCAGAGAUCCAGCACAGAAGCUCCGCAGUCUGGGGGUGAAGUUGUUUGCUGUGGGUAUAAAGAACGCAGAUGAGGAGGAGCUGGCUGUGAUAGCCUCUGAGCCCAGGAGUGAAUUCUCUUUCUUUGUGGGGGACUUCAAGAUCUUGGGCACUCUGUUACCCCUGGUGGCCCCACGUAUUUGCAGCAGCACAGGGGGGGUCUACGCCAGUGACGAGGCCUUCUCCGGGCCCUCAAACCUGCAGGUCUUAGUCGAGACCUUCGAUUCGCUGAAGUUUCGGUGGACAGCAGCAUUGGGACCUGUGAAUGGCUAUGUUGUGCAGUAUGUACCCCUUUCCGGACUUGGUCAGCCAAUCACAUCUGAGUUCCAACAGGAAACGGUGCCGCCGGGCCAGAGGAACUUCAUCGCACGGAGCCUUAAAUCUGGCACAGAUUACCUGCUGACGGUUAUUGCUCAGUACCCAAACAGUGUUGGGGAGUCUGUCUCUAGAAAAGCCAGGACCAAGUCGCUCCCCGGCGUGUCAAACUUCCGUGUGGUCCGGGCGGGGUUCUUCUCCCUGGCUCUUGCCUGGGACGCGCCCUCCUCCCCUGCCCAGGGUUACAGGAUCACCUAUGGCCCCACAGGUCGGACAGUUGCUCAGUUAUCUGAACAGUCUCUGGCAGCUGACUCUACCUCAGUCACCCUGGAGGGACUGCAAGCAGACACAGAGUAUGCCCUCAACCUCUACCCCCUUUUCCCACAAAACUCUGUCUCCCCGGCGACCCUGAAUGCUCGCACAUCGAGGCUGCAGGCGGUGCAGCAGCUCUCUGUACAGACUGUCUCAGAACGCUCUGUCCGCGUGCUGUGGAAGGGAGUGGCCGGGGUCAGGGCGUACCGCCUGGUGUGGGGGCCAUUCACAGGCCGUGACGUGCAGAGGGUGGAGCUGCCGGGGGACAGUGAGUCUCACACCCUGACUGACGUGCUGCCGGACACAGAGUACAUCAUCACGGUCAUCGGGCUUUACGACAACACCGAGGGACCGGCAUCAACAACCAGGUUCAAAAUAGUACACCGGGAGAGGCAGGUUCUGAGGGCCAACUCCACUGGGCCUAGUUCUAUUCGCCUGAACUGGAACGUGAUCUCGUCCGCACAAGGAUACCGCCUGGUUUGGAGGCAGGGGGAGGAGGGCAGAGAACAGAGGCAGUCCUUUCCCAGGAGUGUCUCCAGCCAUGAGCUGACAGGACUUCUGCCCAGCACAGAAUACCUGAUCACCCUGUACACGCUCUAUGAGGGCCGUGAAGAGGCCACGCCCAUCACCACCUCAGCGCUAGAGAAACAGUUUGUAGGCCGCAUAUCCAACCUGCGUGUGGUAGAAUCUCUGGGCAACAUUGUGCGACUGGGGUGGACCGGCGUGGCUGGGGCUACUCAGUACCGCAUUGUCAUCUUGAACACUGAAACUGGGAGUGAAGACACCCGCAAUAUCCCUGGCGAUCAAACAACCCUUGACCUGCAGGGCCUUUCGGAUGGUGGAUUGUAUGGGAUCAGUGUGACAGCGAUAGUGGGGGACACCGAAGGGGAUCCUGUCUCAGUUAACAUCAGAGCAGAGCAAGCAGUGGACAGAGUAGAGAACCUGCGAGUUACUAAUGUCAACAGCCGGCGCAUCAGGAUUGCCUGGUCAAGGGUUCCUGGGGCAAACGAAUACAGGGUCACCUGGAGACAAGGCAAUUUAGCGGAGCAGUCCCAUGUCUUGGGGGCGGAUGCCACUGCCUUCACUGUAGAAGGGCUGCAGCCUGAUGCAGCAGUGGUCAUUGGUGUUGCUGCUGUAAUUGGCCAACGCACUGGGGAUGUGGUGUCACUCUCAACCAGGACCAAUCCAAAUGGUGGGGGCGUCAUCAAAGAGAUACGACUGCUGGACAGAACAUCACACAGGAUACGUAUCAACUGGACGCCUAUCGCCAGGGCAACUGGCUAUAAGAUCACCUGGCGUCGUGGCGAUGGUGUGGAAGACUCCCGCAGACUGCCUGCUGAAACCACCUCCUUCGCCAUCGAUGGCCUCCUGGAAAACACAGACUACAGGGUGUCAGUAUCCUCUCUGAUUGGCUCAAAGGAAGGAGUCCCCGCCCACCUGAACACCAGAACAGGUUCAGAUCAGGAUGUGGGAGAAGUCACCAGACUAAAGGUCCAGGAAAGCCAUGGAGAGGUUGUGAGGGUCACAUGGGUUGGGGUCCAGGGAGCGACUGCAUACAGAGUUGUUUGGAAGCGCAUCGAUGGGGGGGCGGAGCAAAGUCAGCUGGUGGGGGGUAACAUCACGGUGGUGGACCUGAACCUUGACCCGGGGGUGGAGUAUGAGGUGCAGGUCAAAGCCCUGGUGCAGAACCGAGAGGGGUCGGCUGUCACCGUUAGAGUGACCACCGGCUCUCCACCUUCUCCAGUGCGGCCAGUGACAGACUUCCGUGUGGCUGACAUUACCGAGAGCUCUAUGAUGUUGGGCUGGACCCCAGUGGCUGGUGCUACGGGGUACAUACUGCGCUGGAGGGAGGUUCAUGACCGUGGGCAGGGGUGGUCUCAAACGCUCCCGGCCUUCUCCAGUUCAUACCGUGUCACCCAGCUGCAGCUGGGCCGGCAGUAUCGCUUCACCAUUCAGCCUGUCUUCCAGUCCCAGACAGGGCCUGAAUCCACAGCAGUGGAGCGCACAGUGUGUGUGGAUGGCCGUCUGGACCUGGUGUUUUUGGUACCUGCCUCUCGGGACAGGGUGGCGCUGGCUGAGGCUCUGCAGGCUCUCCUCACCAGCGUGGCUGGAACACUGACCACCAUCGGCCCCCGUGACUCACAGGUGGGGAUUGUAUUGUAUGGCUCACAGUCCAGGUUGUGGUUCCCACUCAAUCGACAUAGCAACAAGGAGACCCUGCUGCGAGAGAUCUUGGCCACACCCUUUGGUGAAGAGCCAGGAAAUGCAGUUGGCCAGGGAGUGACUUACACUAGGGAGCUUGUGCUCCCUGCCUCUGCUGGUCGCAGGCCUGGGGUGCGCGGGGUCCUGGUGAUCAUCACAGAUUCAAGGUCCACCGAUGACCUCAUUGCUCCUGCUGCUGCUGUCCAGGCUGCUGGGAUGACUGUCCUGGCGGUUGGGUUAGGCCGUGCUGACAGGGAGGAGCUGAGACGGUCGGUGACUGAUGCCAGCUCGCAGAACGUUCUGUACGCGGGCGGUGUCGGGCAGAUGGCAGGCCUGCACUCAGACCUCGCAGGCAUGCUCUGUGGGAUGGCACAGGGUUCUGGAACUCAAGGGUGCACAGUGCAGUGUCCCCGGGGUGAAAGAGGAGAAACUGGCGAAAAGGGCCAGCGAGGACGAGAUGGAGUUAAUGGGCAGAAAGGGGAGCCGGGUCGAGAUGGACUGCCUGGGAGAGAUGGGCCCCGGGGGCCUGAGGGCCGUCCAGGGCCGCCUGUGGGGGGGCCUGCGGAGAAGGGUGACAGGGGGUUUCCUGGACUGGAUGGGACUCCUGGUUCGCAGGGACAUCCUGGGAGCCCUGGCCCUCAAGGUGUGCCGGGCUCCACAGGGCAGCCUGGUAUCCGAGGAGUCCCUGGCGAGCCGGGUGGCUCUGGGCCUGCAGGGUCAAAGGGCGAGAAAGGAGAGAGGGGGGACUUUGGAUCUGGCGGUGGAAUCCCAGGAAGGAAAGGAGAACCUGGGAUUCCUGGAAUACCGGGCAGCCCAGCUCGCCCUGGGGGCGAUGGGGUUAAGGGCAGCACGGGACCACCUGGAGCUCCAGGCCAAGAUGGUCGCCCUGGGAUACCUGGCACCCCUGGACUCUCCAUCAAGGGGGACAGGGGCAGCACAGGAGAGAGGGGGCCACCAGGCCCAGGAGGUGGAAUAGCAGUGAAGGGGGAAAAGGGGACGCCGGGGACUUCAGGAGCACCCGGCAUCCCAGGGCCCAGAGGAAUAACAGGACUUACAGGGCCCAAAGGAGAGAAGGGAGAAAUUGGUGAGGGGUUACCGGGCCCUGCCGGGAGGGCAGGAGAGGCAGGAGACCGGGGUCCAAGGGGGCCUUCAGGGGAGAAUGGCAGUAAAGGUGACAGGGGUCAAUCAGGUGAUCCUGGGUUACCAGGAGAGAGGGGUGAGAGGGGUGUUCCUGGCCUGUUGGGAGAGAAGGGGGAUCCAGGCAAGCCAGGCUUAACUGGAACUGACGGUGCCAGGGGCUUGCCAGGGCUCAAUGGGUUGCCAGGGGAGAAGGGAGCUCGUGGGGAGCCAGGGAGAAGCGGGCCAGAUAUAAAUGGGUACAAAGGUGAACGGGGAGAACGGGGUCUGUCUGGACCAGAGGGUGCCAGAGGGUUUAAGGGGGAUUCCGGAGAGAAAGGUGAAAAAGGUCCUGCAGGAUUCGGGGCAUCAGGCCAACCUGGGCAGAAGGGUGAACCAGGAGACAGGGGUGCCCAUGGUUUAGCUGGCAAGCCGGGUAUUAAGGGAAGCCAAGGUGAAGCAGGAGAGCCUGGAGAGAAUGGGAGACCAGGAGCCGUAGGCCCCCCUGGGCCAAGAGCAAAAGAGGGGGAGAAAGGAGACAGGGGAGAAGAAGGGGUUCCGGGGGAGUCUGGUCUGCCAGGGAAGUCUGGGGAGCGAGGCUUGAGGGGCUUGUCAGGUCAACCUGGGCGACUAGGUGAAAAGGGCGACCCAGGAGAUCCAGGGGAAAGUGGCCGUAAUGGGAGUCCUGGAUCUCCAGGAACGAGGGGGGAAAAGGGAGACCAGGGAGCACCGGGGCAACCUGGAAUUCCAGGGAAAGUGGUGGAUAUCCAGAGGCAGCUCAAAGGGGAGAGAGGAGAAAAGGGAGACGCUGGAGACCCUGGAGAGCACGGUGGUAAGGGACCGAAGGGAGAUGCUGGCCCUCAAGGGCCCUCAGGACUACGCGGGGCUGAUGGACAGAGAGGAACGCCAGGGCCCAGAGGUGAUACAGGAGACAGGGGAAGCCCUGGAGAAAAGGGUGAGCGUGGUUCCUCUGGUCUGGAUGGGCGUAAUGGACUGGACGGUAAACCGGGUGCUCCAGGUCCCCCAGGACUCCGGGGUGAUCCAGGAAAGCUAGGAGAAGCAGGGAGAGAUGGCCUCCCAGGACAGAGAGGAGGCCAAGGUCCUGUUGGUCCAGCAGGGCCUCCGGGAAACGCUGGUGUACCUGGAAAACCAGGGGAUGAUGGGAAACCUGGCCUCCCCGGAAAAAUUGGAGAGGAAGGCACUCCAGGGGAAGAUGGACGAAAGGGUGAUAAGGGGGAGGACGGGCCUCCAGGACGAGAUGGACGGGAUGGACUGAAGGGGGAUCGGGGGAUAUCGGGGCCGUCAGGUCCUGCUGGCCCCGCUGGGGCCCCCGGGGUCCCUGGCACCAUUGGACCACCAGGACAGGUGAUCUAUGUGAAAGGUGCCCCACCAGCUCCUAUCCCGGGCCCCCAGGGGCCCCCUGGAACACCAGGGGUUCCUGGAAUCCAUGGAACUGCGGGAUCAAGAGGUGAGAAAGGGCCCUCAGGAGCCAAAGGAGACAGGGGUGACCCAGGGGAGGAUGGGGCUCCAGGCAGACCAGGAACAGCAGUGGAUGUGAAAAAAGCCCUGCUUGACUUUGGAAUUGAGAUUCUGGAGCUGAAGAAGACAGUGGACAAGCGGGAUGAAAUACCACAGAAACCCCUCACUCCAGAGAAGGGACAGAGAGGAGACAAAGGGGAACCAGGACAGAGAGGGCUCGCUGGGGUUGAUGGUCAGCGCGGUCUGCCCGGUGACAGAGGCCAGAAGGGUGAUCAGGGAGAACGAGGGCUCCAGGGGGCCACAGGACCCAUAGGACGAGCCAUUGGGGAGCGUGGUGCUGAGGGACCCCCGGGGCAGGCUGGGGAGCCAGGAAAGCCUGGUAUACCAGGGGUUCCUGGGCGGGCUGGGGAGCUGGGUGAGGCGGGGCGACCUGGAGACAAGGGUGACAGAGGGGAGAGAGGUGACAAGGGAGAAUCUGGGAAAGCUGGGCUACCUGGAGCAGUUGGUCCCCCCGGAGUCAAAGGCGACACUCCAGAUCUGUCCAAAAUUGGGCCCAUUCCUGGAGUGAGGGGCCUCACAGGGGACUCAGGCCCGAAAGGCGAGCCAGGAAUCGCCGGGCCUGUGGGGCCGAAAGGGGAUAGGGGUACGGCUGGAGGUCGUGGUGAGAAAGGGGACAGGGGUGAGGCAGGAGAGAAGGGCAGAGAUGGAUUUUCAGGGUCUCCUGGAGAACCAGGAAAACCAGGACAAGAUGGGAAACCGGGGCUGCCUGGGUUCCCUGGAGUGCUGGGGAGACCGGGAAAUCCCGGAGAGCCAGGAGUAAGAGGACCUACUGGUCCCAUGGGAGGUAACGGGCCCCCUGGGCCUGCUGGAAUUAAGGGAAACCAGGGAGAGCCAGGAGUGGGAGUUCAGGGGCUUCCCGGUCCCCAGGGCAACAUGGGAUUACCAGGACCUCCAGGGCCUCCAGGAAUAACAGGUCCACAGGGGCCCCCAGGCCUGCCUGGACAAGUGGGUGAGGGAGGCAAGCCGGGGGUGCCUGGGAGAGAUGGUGUGCCAGGCAAAGAGGGAACACCAGGAUUGCCAGGGAAACAGGGCAUUGCUGGGCUCGUGGGCCCCUCAGGAGCCAAAGGCGAGCAGGGAGACAGCGGGCCCCCGGGAAAGGCUGUUGCAGGCCCUCCCGGUGUUAAAGGAGAGAGGGGAUUACCUGGGUUGACAUUACCAGGGAUAGCCGGAGAGAGCGGACCGCCUGGAUUACAGGGUGGGAAGGGUGACAGGGGACCUCCAGGGUUCAAAGGAGAGAGAGGAGUCCCGGGAGAGUCUGGAGAGCCUGGAGAGGAUGGAGUGAAAGGUUCAUCAGGGCCCAAAGGAGACAAAGGGGAGCGUGGAAUUGGGCUUGCAGGGCCCCCUGGUCAGCUGGGCCCUCAGGGGUUAAAGGGAGACUCAGGGCUCCCGGGCCCCCCUGGUCCCCCAGGACCCCGGGGGAUUUCAGGAACUCCUGGUCUUGCUGGACUGAGGGGAGAGCUUGGAGCCGCUGGCCCCCCAGGGCCCCUGGGAGAGAGGGGUCAACAGGGCUUCCCAGGCAGGGAUGGUAAUCCUGGACCUCCUGGCCCAACUGGACCCCCUGGCUUGGCGGGCACUGCUGGUGCUGCUGGGCUGAAAGGCGAUAAGGGGGAAGUGGGUGUUGGUUUGCCUGGAACAAGAGGAGAGCGGGGAGACCCAGGUCCCAGGGGCGAAGAGGGGCGUAGUGGGGUGGAUGGAGAACGGGGAGCAUCAGGGCCUGCAGGAAGUAGAGGAGAGAGGGGAGAGAAGGGAGAACUAGGCACUCCUGGAGACAAAGGAGAAAAGGGUGAGACUUUGCUGCUCAGGGGUGAUGCAGGACCAAAGGGAAAUAAAGGAGAAAACGGAGACCGCGGGCCCAAAGGAGUGCAGGGUGAAAAGGGGGGGAAGGGGCAGGAGGGCCCCCCUGGGGAACAGGGUCUCAGGGGAGAGCCAGGAGAGAGGGGCACCACUGGGUUCCCAGGGGCCCGAGGCCCUGGAGGACAGAAGGGGGAGGCAGGGCAACCAGGAGUUCCGGGAGAAUCAGGUUUCGCUGGUAAAGAUGGGCUUCCUGGGCUGAGAGGUAUCAAGGGAGAAGUUGGAAAUUUUGGGAUACGUGGACCCAAGGGAGAGAGAGGGCCCAAGGGAGCAUGUGGAGCGGAUGGGGCCAAAGGAGAAAGGGGAGAUUCUGGUAUCCCCGGGCGACCAGGCCUGCCUGGAAGAAAAGGAGAGCAGGGAGACUUGGGGCCUGCAGGGGCCAUGGGGGCAGCUGGAAAGGAAGGUCUGAUUGGCCCCAAGGGUGACCGGGGAUUUGAUGGACUGUUGGGACCGAAAGGAGGUCAGGGAGAAAAGGGGGAGAGGGGCCCUUCUGGUGUACCUGGCCCCCCAGGACCGAGGGGUGCAGAUGGGGCCUCUGGUCUAACUGGGCCCCAGGGUCCAGCUGGCGGAAAAGGCCCAGAGGGGCUUCAGGGCCAGAAGGGUGAACGUGGCCCCCCAGGCCCUGCAAUGGUUGGGCCCAGAGGCAUCCCAGGUAUCCCAGGAGAGAGGGGGGAGCAGGGGGAGGUGGGUACAGAUGGCACCAAGGGAGACCAAGGAGUGCCAGGGAUGACGGAGGAUGAGAUCCGCACCUACGUUCGCUCAGAGAUGAGCCAGCACUGUGCUUGUGGAGGUAAGUUGUACUCAGACUGAAAGCUGGAACAGGUGGGUGGGUGGCCUUGCUUAAAGCAGUUAUAUUUUACACACUUGGGUAGGGACAGCAAUGCUUAGUCUAUGACUCAUGUAUUAUAAAUAUACAAUGAACUGAGUGAACGUAUUUUAGGACUUCUAAAAUAACUGCUACAUCCAUUGGCAUGAGGUUCCAACCCCCAAAAAGGUUUAAUAAGGUUUCUGGUUCCACAAGGUUCACCUUAUGCUGAUAAACACUCAAGACACAGACUAUUUCAACACCACUUACAUUUUAACACCAAUAUGUCUAUGGAUGAUAAAAGAUUAUUAUAAUUCAGCUUCAGCUCCCGAUAAGGCAGUGGUGUACCCUCUGGAAAAACAAACCUUAGUGGACUAGGGGAUAAGUCUCUGAACAUGUGGACAGCACCCCCAUCUCAAAACCUCUCACUUUCUGUGUUCAUUAGAAAAUGGAGUCAUGUGGAGUGGGAUAUACAGGAACCACAGGGAGGACCCAAUUUAUCAACAUUUGUCAUGUUGUUGACGUGAAUUCUUAAUGCAUGUUCAGAAAUAGCUUCCAAUGACUCAAUAGUAACUAGUAGAGACAGAGAUCCCGAUGGGUACUAAUACUGUAUGUGGCGUUCAAGGACCGUAGUACUGGUGGUUUGCUUUUCCCCUUGCUUGUCCAAUGAUUGAUAAAUAUCCUGAUCGUCCAGAAAUGCCACUUACCUGUUGUCCCAAGUCUGAAUCAGCCUGUGAAUAGAGGGGGAGAAUGAAGAUCAUCAACAGUGCUCCAAGCCUUUUGAGACAGAUUUUGGUAACCUCACCUUAGGGUAUUCAAGAGCUUCACACAGCAAUGACUAAUCUCGAGACAAUGAACAAGAAAACAAGCCUAAAUAGGCUGAUUGGCCUGUUGUCUCCAUCACAUAUUAUCAUGUUUUAACAAGAGAAGGAGAGGUGUACUAAACUUGAGGGUGGUUACCAGACAUGAGGGUGGUCCCUGCCUUCUUAUGGUCUGCUGUCCUUCAGUGAGGGGUGAAAUGUAGAGCUGCAUUAAUGGCUCAAGAUGCUCACCACUACGCUCCCAUCGUGGUCAAACUAAGUCUGGUGUGGUGGUGUUUCUGUGUGUCAUGUGUCAAGAGACAGCAGCAUGCUCUGACGCUGUCUCGGUUAGUCCCUGCCCUGCCUUGUGCUCCUGUGAGUCCCAUCGUCUUGGUGUGGGGUUUUUGUGCUUGGGUUUGUUUGGGUGUGUGUGUGUGUGUGUGUACUGACCGGUUUGGAUGUCCUAUUUUUUGGUCCUUGUCCUGCUUUGUCCCUGUCCCCGUCCUCCCCAUUCUCUCAGGUGCUUUCGUAGACCCACCGCCCCGCCCGGCUGGCCUGUCCUUCCGGGCACGGUCCACCUCAGGGCGGCAGGUGUCCCCGAAGGGCAAGGAGGGGCGGGAACUGCGUGUCGUAGUCAACACCAAUGACCCAGACUACGAGCAUAUCUUCUCUAUUGAGAACUAUGACGAUCCCUUGGAGGAAGUGAUCGACUUCUCCCCAACAACAGUAAUCAAUAAGGGUGUAGGUGAAUCCAGCACUGUCAAACCUCUCCAAGCUGGGAGACCCAAGAGAGAGGCCCCAGGGGCAGAAAAUGCCUGCUUGUUGCCCUUGGAGGAGGGUGGCUGUUCGCGGUACACAAUCCGCUGGUACUUCCACGCCCAGGUGGGAGCCUGCCGUCCCUUUAUCUUCAGUGGCUGUGGAGGCAACAGCAACCGCUUCCUGACCCAGGAGGAGUGUGACGAACACUGCCUGGGACAUAGCACAGAUUCCACCAGGUCAGGACGGUGAUUGUUUCCUAGCAGUCAGCUCUCUAAGCUCGCUAGAUCUACAAGCAAUGCCAAGAAAUCAUAACGGAAUACAGUAGAACCUCAGAGAUACAAACUAUAUGAAUGGAGGUAGUUAGGAACUCUUAAAAUUUAACUUGGAAAGUGAAAUCAGAAUGCAUAAAAUUUUACUUGAAUGGUUGCUUGCAUUUCUUUAACCUUAGUGUGUUGUUUCACACAAGAAGGUACCAGAAGGUGUUUUUGUUUCAUUAUGUUGCUUUUUUGGCACUCGUUAAAAAUUUGUGACUUUCAAUCCAAUGCUCUUUUUUUCUAAAAUAACAGAAUCUAUGGAUCUUGAAAAGGUGUAAAAAGGUGUAAUUGCUUAUAUUACAUAUGAUACUAGGUUCAUACCCCAUUCAGCUGACCAGUCUGUAACUCUGAGGUUCAUAUAUCUGUGUUUCUGCUGUAUCUUAAAAUUAUAAAAAAUAUAUAUUUUUUACAAAUAUUUUACAGCGAUUCAUGCAAGCUGCUGUAGGUGAGCUUCAUAAGUGAUGGUGGUCUUCAGUUAAUAUAGCUAUUCAUGUUUUAUUCAAUUCACCAGAUCUUAGUGUAAUCCAAUAGUAGGUCCAGUCAUUAACACACUGUGUCUGCAUUAGAACAAUAUCAAGUAUUACCAUCUGUUCUUAUUAAUAUAAAAACACUUUCAACAAUAUUUUUGUUCUCAACGUGAUUAAACAAAGAUUAUUUAUUUGAUAUGUUAGUUGGCAAUGGCAGAUUUUUUAUGGAGGGUGGGCCAGAUUCUGUAUGUAAUUAUUUUAAGGUACUGUAAUGGUCUGGUAGUAUAUAAUAUCCAUGCAAGGAAGCUUUUCCUCUUUAAAGCCUUUUAUGUCUUUGCACUUUUGGAGUUUGUUUUAAAUCCAUAUAAUUCACCAAUAUAUGUUCACAUUUUGAGUACAGUUUGAAUAGAGCUCAAUUGGGAUUUACAAACUAAUUGACGGUCAGCUGUAUAUGGUGCUACUGUAGUCCUUGAACAGUCCAUGGAACAUAAGCAGUAACUAAGCAAGUGUCUAAUUCUGACACUUUCCUGAAGGUCUCUGUUGUAGUCAAAUCCUUGAAAAAUAUCACAACCAGUGUUAGUUAAGCAGUUAAACGUCCCAAGCAGUGUUGCAGAUUGAAAUAAUAUCUUCUCAAUACUUUUUUUAUCAUUCAGGGAUCUUUUUCUUUUUAUCUUGAAACAACAAUCUCUCCACUUGCCAUUUUAGCACAAAACCAAAUUAUUUCCUGACUGAAGACAUAGUUAGCCUUAGUUCAGUUGAUUUGUAGUAUUGUGUAAUGAAAGCAUGGGAAUUUAAGGCUUUUUAAUGACCCAAGGAAUGGGCUCAGUGUAUUGGUACUGAAGAGAUGCUCAGUUAAUGAGUAACAUUCACACAAUAUUGUAUCUACAUUACAAUCAUGCUGCAGAAAGUUUUGCAUAAUAUUAGCUGGGCAUGGGCUCUUCCCAAAUCCAUGUGUAAAAGGUAUCAAUAUGUGUUUCAGUCAGUAAGCAAAGUCUGUCCCUUAUGUACAUACGUAUAUAUUUUAUUACCCGAGGAACAAUCUUGAUAAUAUGUUGUUUUAAUUGUUUCGAAUUCCUGUGUUAAUUGUGUUUAACAAUGCAUGUUUCUUUGCAAAAAGGUGCUAUUUCAAAAUGUUAUUUUUGUAUUGUAUUUUUUCAAAGAAUGAUAAAAGCUGAUGUUUUUGUCCUGUUUGAAGAUGAAAAACACAAUUAUUAAUCAUAAAAUAUGGCAAAUAAACAAGACUUAAAACAA